GUUCAGUGGCCGACGCACUCUGUCCCUCCCCACCCCUGCCUUUCACACUUCUCAGCCAGGACGCCGACCUCACUGUUGAUCAGUGCCGGAGUUGCGCCCCGCUCAUCCCGUCGCCCUCCAGCUCCAGCUCCAGGUCCACGCCGCGUCUCUCCUCUCCUCUCCGCGCCGGGCUGGUCCGGUCCGGUCGGUUCGCAACCCUCCCCCCCCUCCUCCCCGCCCACCUCCUCCCCCAGAGAGCGGUUCAUUCCCUGGAAGCUGGAUGAAUUAUUGGAGAGUUGUGAACAAGUGCGAGAAGAACCCUGAGGGCUCGGGAUCUGCCUCCUCGCUCCGUCCAGGGAAGACAAGUCUCAGCCAGAGUUGUGGACGAUAAUGGAGGGGACGUCCCUGUGUCUGCCCGUUGUCAUUUUACUGAUGCAAUGUUCUCCCUCAGCUCCUGUUACCGUAUCCAGCAGCAAACCUAAAGUGGAGGUACACGAGUACGCAGACGCAGUGCUGUCCUGCGAGUUCCGGACGGAGAAAGACCAGAACCCACGCAUCGAGUGGAAGAAGAAGGGGAAGGAUGUUUCCUUCGUGUACUACGAAGGACGCUUCAGAGGUCCCUUGGAGGGCCGAGCGUCCAUUGACGGGGCGACGGUGAAACUUCGUAAGGUGACCCAGGAAGAUGCCGGAGAGUACCGCUGUGAGAUCAGCGCUCCUCUGGACUCUGUCAGCCUGGGAGAGACCAACGUUACUCUCAAAGUUUUAGUGCCGCCUCAAAUCCCGUCCUGUGACAUCCCCAGCUCCGCAGUGACCGGCUCAGUGGUGCAGCUGCACUGUAGGGACCGGCAUAGCAUCCCACCGGCAACAUACUCCUGGUUCAAGGACAACAAAAAAAUGAAUCAACCCCGUCAAACCAACGCAACCUAUAAAAUCGACUCAAACACUGGACUUCUGGAGUUUAAAGCCGUCGCCAAAGAGGACACCGGCCGAUACAGCUGCCUGGCGUCCAACGGAGUGGGAUUGCCCCAGAUGUGUAAGGGCAAGCACAUGACAAUAGAGGACGUCAACGUUGCAGCGGUGGUUGCAGGGGUGGUGGUCGUCUUUCUGAUCGUCGUGAUCUGCGGUUGCGGGGGGUUCCUCUUAAACCGUAACGGCUUCUUCUCCCCAGGACACAGAGGAAGGUCAUUUUGGAUCUCCCAGUGUCACGGUGCAGCCCACAUCAGCAGCCAAACCCUGCACAGAACUGAAGACACGUCCAACGUCAACUACGUCCCUCCGCCCCAAGAACCCCAGGAUUUCAAACACACACAGUCGUUCAUGCUCUGAGAAGCCGGCCUCCCUUUGAACUCGUCACCCUCCGCCCCGAUAAGGUGCCAACACUGGAUGUCUGUCUCCCUGCGUCUCGGGACUCGAAUUAUUGAUCUUCCACUAUAAUGUUCUACUUUUUUUUUUUUUUUUCCGAACGGGUUAUGUCAAACAAAUCUGCAAGGCUUCUUCCUCUCUUGCUUUGCUGUGUGUGGUUCGCCUCUUUCACUGAUGUCUUCUGCUCUUGAGGGAUUUAAGUACAGUUUCAUGGUACUCUGCUCCCCCCUGGUGGUCAGACGAUGAAAUUCCAAUCGACCUUUCACAAAUAAUCCAGGGACUAGUAGACAUAUCUACACCCUUUGUUUCCUCCCUCUGCAGGCCAGUUUAUUAUUAUUACUUUGUUGUUGUUGUUGUUUUUGCUUUCUCUUACCAAAGACUGAUAUUUAAUUGGUUGCUUUAAAGCGGAACCAUCACACGGGAAAUCUAAAAAGCCAUAGGAAAAGUUGUUUUCAAUCCACUCAAACAAAACUCUUAAAUACAGCUUUUACCUCAAGUCGGGUAUCUUCAACAACACAGAGACCAACCCCAUUCCAUCCUAAUGUGCCUGCAUGGUCUUUUUUAUAAUGUAUACCUUGUGCCUUUUUAAUUUGUCUGUCAUAUUUAUCUACGGAUCACGGUUUUUUGUAAAGAACUUGCCUUACUUCUUUCUGUCUUUAUAUUUUUUCGUGCCACUCUUUGUGUAUCGAACGUAUCGAGUGUCUGUUUUUAGACGGCGUGAAUGGAUUGUUCAGAGUUUUAUUUGAAUGGUGUACCGGUAAUUAAAGGUUUUUUUUUAUUCAAA